AUGACGCAGGCGGCAGAACGGCGCAGAAUGGACGAGAGACGUGGGGCCGCUGUGGCGGACGGCGGACAUCUGUCGCGGUCGCCAGGGCGUUGGCGAUGCUGCACACAUUUUUUAGCAGUUAAAGGUGGUGUUCAGGUCGUCGUUCGAGCUUCAGUGCUGAAGCGCAGUUUUGCUCACCUCCGAAAGCAGAGUCUGGAGUUCAUAUGUCGUAUGGAACUUUCGCAGCUAAAACAAUGUGUUGCACUUGCUGCUCAACAAAGUGAACUAGCUCGUGGCAAUAUGACGAUACACGUGACGGCGGCCUCAGCGGAGGUGCGUCGGCUGGGCAGUACGUGCUACGCAGACGCCGACUGCGCACUGAAGAACAGCCUCUGCCACCGAGGCUCCUGCCGCUGCCGCAACGGGCUGCAACCCUCACACGACGGCCGACGCUGCCUCGUGUAUCGGAUUCCAGCAUUUGAUGGUGAGUCCUACGUUCAACUGCAAUGUCUGAAAGCUUACAACAAACUGAAUAUCGAAAUGGAAUUCAUCUCAUACGCAAACGAUGGUCUUCUGUUGUACAACCAACAAAAGGAAGACGGAAUAGGUGAUUUCGUCUCCCUCGCCAUUAUUGAAGGCUACGUAGAAUUCAGAUACGACUUGGGAAACGGUGCCGCAGUUUUAAGAUCGGCAAACCGGAUUACACUGGGUACGGUGCACCAUGUGAGUGCGCGCCGCUACCACCGGGACGGCUUGCUGCGGCUGGAUGCCGGCCCUGAGGUGGUGGGCCAGUCGCAGGGGGCGCUGCGGGCACUGGACCUGCAGAUGGAUGCUUUCGUCGGUGCAGUUCCUACCAAUCUAACAAGGGUGUCGGAAAAUGUGGGAGCAGCACGUGGCUUGGUUGGCUGUGUGCAGCAGCUGAGGCUCAACCAGGAGGAGGUGCGGCUGCACGAGGGCGAGCCGUUGAUAGUUCGCGCGGUGGGUGUACAAGAGUGCGGCGCCAACCCGUGCGCACGCUUGCCCUGCCACAACGGCGGCUCCUGUGCGCCUACCGCGGCACACAGUUUCCGCUGUCACUGUCCUCCCGAGUUCACAGCCUACAACACUCAGCCUGAGGUCAACUUACCAAGGGACGCCACGUCGGCGUAUUUGCCACGGUUGUCAUCAGCACUAGCGGCAUCAAAGUCUAACGAAUUUAAAUAA